GAAUAAAAAUGGGGUGAAAGAGAGGGAGGCUUUGCUCGGGCAAGGACUCUGUUCGCGUGAAGAACGAGCACCUCCAACCAGACCUCCGAAAUCUCUUUGCCGCCGCCUCGGUUCUGGUUCUCCGCCGUUAUCUCGUCACCGGCGGAGCAAGCGCCAUGAAGUUUCAAUUAGAGGAUGUCACAGUCUACUUCCCUUACGAUCACAUUUACCCUGAGCAGUACGCUUACAUGCUCGAGCUGAAGCGAGCUCUCGACGCCAAGGGCCAUUGUCUUCUCGAAAUGCCCACCGGCACCGGAAAAACCAUCGCCCUUCUUUCCCUUAUCACCAGCUACGCCCUCUCCAAACCCCAAAACCCUGUCAAGCUCAUCUACUGCACUCGCACUGUCCACGAAAUGGAGAAGACCCUCGCUGAGCUCAGAUUGCUUCAUGAUUACCAGGUUCAGCAGCUUGGACCUCGCGCUCAGAUCUUGGCUGUGGGGCUUUCGUCCAGGAAGAAUCUGUGUGUCAAUCCGAAUGUUUUGGCGUCGGAAAGUCGGGAUUCUGUUGACGCUGGUUGUCGCAAGUUGACGGCGAGUUGGGUUAGGGCUAUGGCGGCUGAGAAUCCCGAUGUUCCCACUUGUGAGUUCUUCGAGCAAUAUGAAAAGGCGGGUUCCAGUGCUGUGUUGCCGCCGGGGGUUUAUACGUUGCAGGAUCUGAGAGCUUUUGGGACAAAGAAGGGUUGGUGUCCUUACUUCUUGGCACGGCAUAUGGUACAGUUUGCAAAUGUGGUAGUAUAUAGUUAUCAAUACUUGCUUGAUCCCAAAGUGGCUAGCAUUAUAUCCAAGGAAAUGCAGCGAGAAUCUGUAGUAGUGUUUGAUGAGGCGCACAAUAUUGAUAACGUGUGUAUUGAAGCUCUUAGUGUUAGUGUGAGGAGGCAGACUAUUGAAGGUGCCAGAAGAAAUCUCAAUAAAAUGCGCCAGGAGAUUGAGAGGUUCAAGGAAACUGAUGCAGGUAGACUGCGAGCAGAAUAUAACAGGCUGGUGGAGGGUUUGGCACAAAGAGGAAACCUACCUAUUUCGGACACGUGGCUCUCAAACCCUGCUCUUCCAGAUGAUAUUUUGAAGGAGGCUGUGCCUGGAAAUAUACGCCGAGCCGAACACUUUAUACAUGUAUUGCGGAGAUUGGUUCAGUAUCUUGAAGGACGAUUGGAUACUGAAAAUGUUGAGAAGGAAGGGCUUGUAACUUUUGUUGGCUCUAUUGGUUCACAGGCUGGAAUUGACCAAAAAACUUUGAAGUUUUGUUACGAUCGUCUCCACUCCCUCAUGCUGACACUUGAAAUUACUGACACAGAUGAAUUUUUGCACGUACAGACUAUAUGUGAUUUUGCAACACUCGUUGGAACAUAUGCACGAGGUUUCUCAAUUAUAAUUGAGCCUGUUGAUGAGAGAAUGCCGCAUAUUCCUGACCCUGUACUGCAGCUUAGCUGUCAUGAUGCCUCACUUGCAAUUAAGCCUGUGUUUGAACGAUUCCAAUCAGUUGUGAUUACGUCUGGUACUCUGAGCCCAAUUGAUCUAUACCCUCGUUUACUCAAUUUUAAUCCUGUGGUUAGCAGAAGUUUUACAAUGUCCUUGACCAGAGACUGUAUAUGCCCAAUGGUUCUCACUCGUGGCAGCGACCAGCUUCCAGUGAGUACUAAAUUUGAUAUGAGAAGCGAUCUUGGUGUAGUAAGGAAUUAUGGCAGGCUCUUGCUUGAGAUGGUCUCAGCAGUCCCAGAUGGGAUAGUAUGUUUCUUUGUCAGUUACUCAUAUAUGGAUGGCAUUAUUAAUAGUUGGAAUGAAACUGGCAUCCUAAAGGAAAUAAUGCAGCACAAACUUGUAUUCAUUGAGACCCAAGAUGUCGUUGAGACUACGCUGGCUCUUGACAAUUACCGCAAAGCUUGUGAUUGCGGGAGAGGUGCUGUUUUUUUUUCCGUAGCCAGGGGAAAAGUUGCUGAAGGUAUAGAUUUUGAUCGACAUUACGGACGAUUGGUGAUAAUGUUCGGUGUUCCUUUUCAAUACACAUUAAGCAAAAUUUUGCUUGCUCGGCUGGAGUAUUUACGUGAGACAUUUCAAAUAAAGGAAGGGGAUUUUUUAACUUUUGAUGCUUUGAGACAAGCUGCACAAUGUGUUGGUCGAGUUAUCCGAUCAAAGGCUGAUUACGGAAUGAUGAUAUUUGCUGACAAAAGGUAUAGUCGUCAUGAUAAACGCUCAAAAUUGCCUGGAUGGAUAUUGUCACAUUUACGUGAUGCACACUUGAAUUUGAGCACAGACAUGGCUCUGCACAUAGCUCGGGAGUUCCUAAGGAAGAUGGCACAACCCUAUGAUAAGGCAGGGAGCAGUGGUAGAAAGACCUUAUUGUCCCAAGAAGACUUAGAAAAGAUGUCUGAAGCCAACAUGAAUGAGAUGUUGUAUUAAGAAUCUCAACACUGCAAAUGGACUCUUUCUUAGUCCAGAGUGCUGUUUUACAUUCUUCUUGAAUUCUACUUACCACAUUCAUCGGCUCUCGACAAUUUGGUUCGAUAGUUUGAAAAGGAAAUUCCCUUAUGAGGUCCCGCCCGAAGAGGAAAGAACUCAAAUUUGAAUGCUGCCUGCUUGUGGAAUCGAAAAGGGUUGUUUGAUAACCUCUCUAAAUGAAAAACCCUAAAAAGAAAUUUUGACAAGUAACUUUAUGGUAUAUGUAUAUAAAUGACCUCUUGUUCCCUUUUUUGACUUCCAGUGUUACACUUUUUUUGGGGUUAAACAGUCUUUUAUCUUUCAAGUUUAUGGUUAGUGCAUUAGUUUACUAAUAAAAACUCUAACUGAUUUUGGAUGA